AUGACCACUGCGUCGUCAACUUCGACGCCGAACAGCAACCUUCGCCGCUCCGGCCGUGCCCAUGUCCCGAGUAAGCGCCUUCAAGAGGCUCGGGGUGACUACAGCGACGACCACCACCACCAUCCAUCUAACGCCGAAGACUCCGACGCCUCUAUUCAAGAGGUGGCCAACAGCUCCCAGCCAGUCUCCUCGACACCGCCCGCCACUGAAGAGGACGCCAACGCAACUGUUCAGUGCUCUCACUUUGCUACUCGUUUUGAUAUCUACAACAAGACCAAUGAGGAAGUUCUAGCGGCGCAGAGGGCUACCUGGACGUCGUCGUGUUACGACCAUUUCAAGGCACCCACUAUCAAGGAGGAGGGAGGUGUCGUGUGGUAUCAAUUCGCCUGCAAGAGCCAUCCUAGCAUCGUCGUUCGGCGCUGUCGGACGGAUGAGAGCACGGGUAACCUCGUUUGCCACGUCAAAGGUUGCACCCCUGUUGACAACGCCGAGUCCCGGGCCAUCUCUGCCUUCGCCCAUGGCUCUGUAUACAACAAGCUUCGGCAUCGCGUCCAGAUUGCCAUUUGGAUUGCCAAGUCCCGCCGCCCCUUCUCCAUCAUUGAAGACCCCGACCUGAAUCAAAUCAUGAAAGACCUGAACUCGGCUGUUGAGAACCCAACUCGCAGGAUGGUAUCCCGCGACAUCCAACAGAUCUUCAAGAUCACACGGGACUCUGUCAAGGCGAAGCUGCAGGCCUAUCCAGGCAUGCUCCACAUUGCUGCGGAUGGCUGGACUUCCCCGAAUGUCAUCUCGUUCAUUGGUGCUACCAUUCACUACCUCGGCGAUGACUCCUCAAUCGUAUCAAACAUCCUCGACUUCAUCAAAUUGAAGGAAGCUCACACUGGGCAAUACCUUGCAUCCAAGCUAGCGAGCUGCCUCAACGAAUACGGAAUCACAGACAAGAUCUUGGCUUUCACAGGCGACAAUGUGUCGAACAACGACACGAUGUUGGAGGAACUCAAGCUCCUCAUCCCUGGGUUCCGUGGUGAGAAGGUUCAGGUGCGGUGCUUUGCACAUGUCCUCAAUCUCAUUGUCAAGGCUGUCCUUUCUGCCUUUGCCAAGACACUCAAGACCACGGAAGCCACCUCCCUCGGCGACCUCAACGACGACCUCGAUGACGACGACGACUCAGACGUUGAGUCAGUCAGUGACAACGACGACGGCGACAACGCUGUGGCUGAUGACUAUGAGGUCCCUCCUGGGCUGGAGGAGAGUGAUGCGACCCAGGUUCAAGAGAUUGCUGACGAAGCCGACUUAGAUGAGAGGUUGGCUCGCAUGAGCUCUGCCGACUCUCGACUGGCGCGUGACUCUAUCACAAAGUUGCGCAAGCUUGCUAUUAGAAUAUGUAAUAGUCCUACAAUAUCCAAAGACCUCAAGUCAUGCUGCGAACAAACCAACCUCCCCGCAAAAAAGAUGAUCAAGGACGUAGCCACCCGUUGGAACAGCACCGCCGAGUUGCUCCAGCGUGCCUUGGAGCUCUGCGCUGCCCUUGACCGUCUCACCAACAUGCCAGAGCACAACCGAGCCCGUGGUGCACGCUUGCAGCGCUUUAGGUUGUCGAGUGAUGAGUGGAAGGUGGUGAAUGAGUUAGCACCUCUCCUAGAUGGCAUGCUAUACGUUACGAAGGUUGUCUCUCAGAGCCGUGUACCUUUGGUACAGGAUGUCAUUCCUCUCAUCGACUCGUUGACAUCGUUGUUCGACGAGUACAUUGGUGAUGAGUCGCUCAUGCUCCCUGUCCGCCAUGCUGCCUUGCGGGGCCUCAAGAUGCUGAACAAAUACUACGCGAGGACCGACAAAUCAAUCAUCUACCAGCAUUGCCAUGAGGUUUGGAAGAGGGAGGAGGAGGUCAUGGCUACCUGGGCGAGAUCUGGUGCAUCUUUUGCAAUCUUGGGCGCGUUUUAA